CACCCCGUCGUCAUAGAAUCUGUGUAGAUUGUAUGAAUCGAUGUAAGAACGUUAUUCACGAAGAAUAUUUUAAUUUCAAGCUUUAUUUCCUUACAUUCCAUUCUCAUAGUCCUUCGUCGCCCCAAUAAAAUGUCCGAUCAAGACGAAGCAGUUGAAAAUGUCAAAAAGACUACAAUUUCCUACGCACAAGACUGGGGCCGUGAGUUACAGUCCCCUCCAUUGACCCCUCCAUACCUCCAAACUCCAUCCUCCUCUCUCAUAGAUACUACAUACAGCCCAAUUCCCCCAUCCCUCAAAAGCAAAAGCAAAACAAAUCUAACACACCACUUACGCUAGGCUCCCCGCUCCCCCCAGUCCUCCUCGCAACCUUCACCACGGCCCUGCACGCCCGCCCCCUCCAACCACUCCCCCUAGCCUUCACACCCGUCUUUCUCUUCAGCACCUAUCUGAAUCUCUCAGGAUACGCCAUUGAUUCCGCUGGUUUAACAGCCGCUUGGUCAGGUCUCUAUCUUAUCUUAGCCAACCGGAGAAAAGCAUCGGGCAAAAACAUGUAUGCAAGAAUUGGGAGUAAGUUUGGGGCGCGGGGUAUCGUCCGAGGUGCUGCGAUGGGUGUGGCGGGUUUGAAUUUGGUGGGUGGUGGGAUUACAUAUGCUUUUGGUAAGAGGGAGGAUGAGGAUAAAACUCUUUGAGCGGGUGGAUAUCUAUCUAGGGAGGAUUGUAUCAUAUUGUGCACGUUUGGGGAUUUAAAGGGUUAUAAAAACUACUAUACUGGCGGGUGUGCCACUCUGGUUUCAAUUUUCCAGAAACGACAUCAUUGACUGUAGAAUAUAUUUUAUUAUGCACGCUAUGCCAUGGGCGCCUUGUGUGGAAUAGUUGGGUAGGAAUCUGAACUUUGU